UGGGGACUUGCGCAUAUGCAAGUAAAGUGGCGUCACGGACAUGCGCAGUCCCCGCUGAGUAACAGCAGUAGAGUAAUGAUGGCGUCCUCAGCGGCUCGCUGCUCCACACGUUGGAUAACAGUUGCCGUGUCCUCCGGUCACCGUCCUGCUUGUUGUGCUCUGGCCCCUUCUUCUAAUGGAGGCUUAAGAAGUCUGUCGACUUUUGGAGCACAGAAAAUCUGGUCAGGAAGCAAUGCAAUGCGUGGGGGCACGGGGAAUGCGUUGACAUUGAGAGGGCUGUCAGUUCCAGGUGUUAAAUCUCCCCAUGUCAUCUGCACGCUGUCCUUCCACACAAGUGCCCCAGCCUCCAACAAGCAGGACUUCUACACGGUGUUGGAGGUACCACGCACUGCCACCCAGAAAGAGAUCAAGAAAGCAUAUUACCAGAUGGCUAAGAAGUAUCACCCUGACACCAACAAGGAAGACCCUAAGGCCAAGGAGAAAUUUGCUCAGCUGGCUGAGGCUUAUGAGGUGCUGAGUGACGAGGUGAAGAGGAAGCAGUAUGACACGUACGGGGUGGCAGGGUUCGACGCCAGCCAGGCGGGCGGUGGUGGACACCAGCAGUACUGGAGCGGACAGGCCAACAGCGUGGACCCAGAGGAACUGUUCCGCAAGAUCUUUGGGGAGUUCUCCGGAAGCCGCGGCUUCGGCGACUUCAAUGCCGUAUUUGAUCAGCCCCAGGAGUUUAUCAUGGAGCUGACGUUCACCCAAGCUGCCAAGGGGGUCAACAAAGAGAUGGCGUUCAACACUGAGGCCAGCUGCCAGCGAUGUGAUGGCAAAGGGAGCGAGCCUGGCACCAAGGUUGUGCACUGCCACUACUGCAACGGCUCUGGCAUGGAGACGGUGAACACUGGCCCCUUUGUGAUGCGGUCGACAUGCCGUCGGUGUAAUGGGAAAGGCACUGUGAUCUCCACCCCAUGUAACUCCUGUCACGGGACCGGACAGACCAGACAGAAAAAGACAGUAAUGGUCCCUGUCCCAGCAGGUGUUGAGGACGGUCAGACGGUCAGGAUGCCUGUGGGGAAGAAGGAGGUGUUCAUCACGUUCCGGGUCCAGAAGAGCCCAGUGUUCAGACGGGACGGAGCAGACAUCCACUCUGACGUGCUGAUCUCUGUGGCUCAGGCUGUACUGGGGGGCACGGCCCGGGCACAGGGCCUCUACGAGACAGUCAACCUCUCGAUCCCUGCUGGGGUCCAGACAGACCAGAGGAUCCUCCUCUCUGGGAAGGGCAUCGCACGGAUCAGUGGCUAUGGUUACGGAGAUCACUACAUCCACGUCAAAGUCCGAGUCCCCAAGAUCCUGACAGACAGACAGAAAGCUCUGCUCAUGAGCUACGCAGAGGAUGAGACUGAAGUGGAGGGGACAGUCAAUGGUGUCACAAGCACCACUGCAGGUGGGGGCAGCAGUGGUAAGCAGUCUGAGGCAGGGCAGGACAGGCAAGAGGAGGUAGGAGAGAGCAAGCAGGAGCGGGGCUUCUUCACCAAGUUAAAACAAUUGUUUAGGUCCACCUGACAGUUACAAACCAGGUAGGACACUCUAGUCAUGAUGUCUUCGCCUGCCAGUCACAAACCAGGUAAAAGGUCCACUGGGAACUGAGGCGAGUGUCCGAGGGUAGAGAGAUGAUGCCCUAAGAAGACAGCCACAGGGAGAGACCAGAUAUGGGGACAGGGGGUGGGGGAGUGUUGGAGGGAUGAUGUCUACUGUAUCCUACUCUAGCACUAGACAAGACUGGUUACCCCAGAUCUACCUUCACAGAUCUCCUUACAUCCUUGAUCAGUUCCCUAGCAGUGGAAGACAAUGGACUGAAACACAAUGUGGUCCUAACUCAUUCCUGCUGCCUAAAACCCAAAUCCAAGAGGAAAUACGCUCUGGAAGUACCAGGAAGUGACUGCCCCUUAGGCUUGGAGUUUUUUGGAUGGUGUUCAAUGUGCAAAAAUGUUGCGCAAUGGUCUUCAAGCGCAAACAAAUCAUAAGGCAUCGAUCGGGUGGAAGUAAAUUCAUCCACAAAUGCAAAUAUAAUUAUACAUCUUAAAUGACCACAUGUUCAAAAGAUUAGGGUACGUGAUCCGUAAGUAAAGCGAACGUGGCGGCAACUUUAACAGGGUAUUCCAUAGAUUUUCCAAUUGUUCCUGUCCAUCAGAUUCCUAACCGUGUGAUAGCAGCGCAGUCAAACAGUCACUCAUAAUGUAUGGUCUGUCUGCUGUCUGAGGAAUGUACUGUUGCCAGUGAUAGCCAAAAAACCCAUGGAUAUACAAAACAUUAGGGACACCUCCAUAAUAUUGAGUUGCACCCCCUUUUUCCCUCAGAACAUCUUCAAUUCAUCAGGGAAUGGACUGCAAUGUGUCAUGCAUUCCACAGGAAUGCUGGCCCAUGUUGACUCCAAUGCUUCCCACAGUGGUGUCAAGUUGGCUAGAUGUCCUUUGGGUGGUGGGCCAUUCUCGAUACACACAGGAACCUGUUGUGUGGAAAAACCCAGCAACACUGCAUUUUUUGACAAUCAAACUGGUGUGCCUGGUACAUACUAUCAUACCCUGUUCAAAGGCACUUCAAUCUUUUGUCUUGUCCAUUCACCCUCUGAAUGGUACACAUACACAAUACAUGUCUCAAGGCUUAAAAAUAAUUCUUUAACCUCUCCUACCCUUCAUCUACACUGAUUGUAGUGUCAUUAAUAAGGGAUCAUAGCUUUCAUCUGGUCAGGCUUUCAUGGAAAGAACAGUUAUUCCUAAUGUUUUGUACACUUAGUGUAUAAAAAUACUAAAGCAUAGAAAAUCAUUAUUUUAUUUAAAAGGCCUCUGCUGCAAUAAGGAACUUUGUUUUGGUUGAGAUCCUCCUGAUUUUUUUAAAAUGUGUAGUAAGUUUGUUCUGUAAAGUGAACUCUGCUUCGUCUGAUCUCUAUGCUUCCUAUCUAGCUAGCCACUGCAGCGAGUUGUACCAACCUAAUAGCAGCAUUAGUACUGUCAAACAGCUACGGUGAGAUAAAGAGGAAGUUGUCUGGCUGAUAUACUUUUCUGUUACAUAAAAAAAGGUGUGUAAUGUGUGUGGAGAUGCAUUUGGGUCUAAGAACCCAGUCAUCCAGGAUAGGCAUGACUCAACCAGUUGGAUCAGAUGUGGCUGGACAUCUGCUCUGCUCCUCGUCAACCCCUUCUCUAUUGAUGAAUCUGAGAAUUCACUCAAAGCAGCACACUUUCAUGUACCUCCAUUCUGCCUCGUUAUAUUUGUAAAUACACAGCUGUUGAUAUUGCAACCGUACCAAUGUGUCAUGUUAGAGAAAUAAAUAACAUCCAUAAUUAAAGUGAAAUCUAAAUGAA